UGCCUUCGAUUGGUGAUGGAGUCGCUUCUUAAAAACCUUAAAGAACAUGUAACAUGUUCGAUUUGUUUGGAUACUUACACCGAACGCAAGACCAUUACUUGUCUUCACACAUUCUGCUGUGAAUGCCUGGAGAGACAUGCACUAACGAGACAAAAACAAGGGUUUUAUCCAUGCCCKGAUUGUCAAGCACAAAUUCGCAUCCCUGAAGGAAAUUGUUUUGAAAAUCUGCCGAACAGUUUUCGGCACAACAGCCUGUUGAGUCUUCUUGCUGUUCAAUACAGUGGCGAUGGAAACGAUAUCAGCUGUAGUAAAUGCCAGAAGAAGAACGCUGAAAUCAACUACUGCUUUGAUUGCGAGAAGUUUAUGUGCCCCGAUUGUGCGAAUGCACACGAAGUGUUUCGAGAUACUUUGUUUCAGAGACACAAAGUCACGCCAGUACGACAGUUUCAACCCACAGACUACGAGGCCUUGUUGAAAAGGCAGUCAUUUUGCACCGUUAAGUAUCACGAGAAAGAAGUAACAAAGUUUUUCUGCUCGGAAUGUCAAAGCUGUGUUUGUCAAGUUUGCAUCGCUACAGAUCACAAAAGCCAUGAUGUUGUUCCUUUUGCGAAGGCAGCGGAUGUUGAGAAAGCAAUCAUCAUUGCUCGAACCAAGCUGCUGAAAGAUAAGAAAGAGCUCUGCCAAGGUGUUGUCCGUGAAUUUGAGAAGACAGAAGUAGAGUUGGAGGCGAAUAUUACUACCGCUAAACGCAAAGUUUCCCAAACAGUCGAAGAGGUGAUGGGAAAGCUUCGCCAACUGGAGCAUGAAGCCAUUACUGCCCUCGAGGGGGCUCGCGUGUCGAGGGUUCAGAAAUUACUUUCUGGGAAAGAGUCAAUUGUCUCUUUGAAAAAACAACUUGACCAAGCAUUUAAGUUCAGUAACAACCUGGCUGAGAGAAGCUCAAAUCCAGACAUAGUACAAAACUAGAAGAAUAUGGAAGAACGAAUAGA